AUAAUCAAAGGUUGCUAGAUUUUACAGCCAUUGGUCUUCAUAUGAAACUACAUUUAUUAAUAGUUAAUCUUGUUUACUUCACUGGCUUUCCUUUUUUGUUUCAACAAUUUAAAUCAACCUCGACUUAGAUUUCAACUUUAAUUGUAAUAUAUAUUAUAAUAAUUGUUAAAGUGUUCAAUUGAUCUGCUAGCAAAGGUUAAGGUGGCCAAACAACCUUUGUGUUUUAACCUCUUCUCCAAUGAAUUUUUUAUUAAUCAGCUGAAAUCAUCUAUAUUUACAUUGGCUGUGUAUAUUUUUCAAUCCAAUCUCUCUGUUUCGGCCAAGCAUUAACAAUUCUAGCAACUUGUGGUUAAUCUUAUCUUCCCUAACCUGAAAGAUCAAUUUGGUGCUUCUAAUUAAAUUGAUUGGUUGUUAAGCUGUUUAUUAAUAAUUGGUUACUAACAAUAUGCCACCAUUAGCCUCUCAUCAUGGAUACAAUUUGCUGCUUCACCGUAUCAAAAGAGCAGAGAAGGUUGAAGAAGAGGAGGAAGAAGAAGAAGAAACCGUUGAACAUACCUCAUCCAUGGCACCUAUAAUUGAAACAUCCACUACUCGUCGACCCAAUUCGGACCGGCUUAGCAGCAAAUUACCUAGCCCAAAGCCCUCUCGUCCCGCUAUCACAACAACAACCGAGUCAACAUGGCAGAUAAUGAAAGAGGAUGUCCAAGCUGUUUCGACGGCAACCCAUAUUCCUUUUGCUGCUAUUCUCUUGAUUUUGUUAGUAAUUUUGGUUACCAUUUUGGCUCUGUUCUAUUUUUGUCUCAAUAAGUGGUGGAAAAAAUUCAAAGAGUCAGAUAGAGGUAAAAAUUUUAAAGGUAUCGAUCUUAAAUCGGUCAAUCUUAUCGGUACUAUGGGUAAAGAAAAGGUUCAACCAGAUCAGGAUGAGUUGACUGCAAAUAUGGAAGAAAAUGAGGAAGAACAAGCUGGAAAAGAGGAAAAAGAGUCGCAGAAGUUGGGUAGAUUACAAUUUAAACUGGAUUACGAUUUCAAUAAUAAUAAUCUUGCUGUAACAAUCAUUCAAGCUGAAGAGCUGCCUGCAUGUGAUGUUGGCGGUACCAGUGAUCCCUAUGUUAAAGUUUAUCUUUUGCCGGAUAAAAAGAAGAAAUUUGAAACCAAGGUUCAUCGUAAGACCUUGAAUCCAGUCUUCAACGAAACAUUCAACUUUAAGGUUCCUUACAAUGAAAUUAUCACCAAGACCCUGAUCUUAGCUGUAUUUGAUUUUGAUCGAUUCUCAAAGCAUGAUCAAAUUGGUGAGAUUAGAAUACCAAUGAAUCAAAUUGACCUGGCUCAGACUAUUGAGGAAUGGAGGGAUCUUCAAUCAGUUGAAGAAGAGGGUCCAGAGAAACUUGGUGAUAUUUGUUUCUCUCUUCGAUAUGUUCCAACCUCGGGCAAGCUGACUGUAUGCAUUUUGGAGGCCAAGAACUUGAAAAAGAUGGACUUGGGUGGAUUAUCCGAUCCAUACGUAAAGAUAUCCCUUAUGAUGAAUGGUAAAAGGAUCAAGAAGAAGAAGACUUCAGUUAAAAAAUGUACACUUAAUCCAUAUUUCAACGAAUCAUUCCAAUUCGAGGUACCCUUUGAACAGAUAAACAAAGUAUCAGUGAAAAUAUUGGUCGUUGAUUAUGAUCGUAUUGGUACUUGUGACCCAAUCGGUAUGGUAGAGGUUGGCCCCAACUGCCAAGGAAAUGAAUUAAGACAUUGGAUGGAUAUGUUAGCCUCACCAAGACGACCAAUUGCACAAUGGCAUUCCCUUAAAGAUCCUGAUGAAGGAGGAAAGUAAAAGACCCUAGAAUACGUACAUUUCUAGGAAAGGGUAUUGAGAGACAAACGCCUGAUAAAAAGGAUUGACAAGCAUUAUAACUACAAAAGAAAAUUAUUAUACCCGAAGAAUUGUCUUUCGUUCUAUUCCUGAUUUAAUUCAUUUUCCACAGGGAUUAUCAUUUUCCAGUUUGUUCCGAUAUUUCAAUUUGAUAAACAAGCCAAAACGAAAAUCCUGGUCUUGUCUGUGUAAAGAGCAUCUGAGAUGCCACAUACACAUCAUUUCAUCGCAAUCAUAAACUCUUCUGACCUCAAUCAAAUUUAAAAACAUAGAUAUGUACUUCCAUAGUUUCAAAUUAGUUUUUGCUAAUCAAACUAAAUCGUUGUUGAACCAAAAAAAGAAGGAUGGAAAGAAAGAAAACGCGCUACCAAAAGUAUUCAAAUCAUAGUCAAUGGGAUGUUAUACAUUUUCUUUCUUUGUCUGUUUAAUGGUCAAGCCAUUGAAACAAUCUCUUUUCAUCUGAAUAUGUUGAUUAAAGGGAGCCCAAUCAUAUCCAGCUCAUUGGUAUCAUCUGUAUCACCACCAUCAUCAUUGUCGUUUUCAUCAACAAACAAAAAGGAUCAUCUAUUGAUUAGUUGUCGUUUAACAUGGUACAAUCUCAAUUUUCUCAUCAAAUCCUAGCCCUGAAAAUUGAGCUGACAAUUAUUUUGGGUUGUUUACUUAUUUCAAUUCGUCUUAUUUUAUUCAUUUUUUUAUCAAUUUCAUCUUCAUCAUCAACAACCUCAUCAAUAUGCAAUGUCUUUGAAAUUCAAUUUAUAUUUAUCUGAAAGAAAUCACAACUGACAAACGAAUUCAUUGCUGAUCACAUCCGAGGUAUAUCAAAAUUUACCUCAACUAGUAAGAUAUAUUUUGAUUGUUUUCUCUCUUUUCUUACAUUUAUUUCGCACAAAAUGUUAAUCAUUUGAUCCCUUGUUUUUUUUAAUUCAUCCUAUUAUUGCGUCUCCUUCCUGAUCACCAAAAAUCAAAAAUAAAGGAGACAAUCUGCAAUAUUAAUGGUUCUUUUUAUAUCUCAUACUUGAAUUCAAAAAAAAGUGGAGCCCUUAAACUUGCUUGUUGACAGGGUUCAUAAUCAUGGUAAUAGUAAUUCAAAUAUGAAUCUUCGGUCAAUCAGAUUCUUUGGUUUGUCAACAAAUCAAAUCUAGAUCUUUUGAUUCACCAAAUCUUUAAUAAGAUUGUGCUCAUCAAUAGUCAAUUCAUUGGAUAAGUUUACUCUUUCAGCAUUGAACUGUUGAAAUUUAUUCAAUAUAAAAAACCAAAAAAUAUAAUAGUUAACAUCUGAAUUUAAUCCUUUUGCUUGCAAACCAAACAUACAAACUUAGCACAAUGAUGUUUGUAUGGAAUAUCAAUUGAAAAGCUUCAAAAACUCUUUCCUUUUCUUCAAUGUAAAUAAUGUUCUCCUUCAUCGUGGUGUUGAUUAUUUUUGAUUGCCAAUUAAUCUUCUCUAUAGUGUCACUGAUUAAUCAAUCCAUGAUGAUUUACCUGAAACUGUUCUUGACCUUUUCACUCUUUGUUUUCCUGUCCCCUUGGGUUUACUCAUCUCAUUGGAAUAAUCAAUUUACCCUUCCAUAUGAUAUCUAUUGAGUAAACUUCAUCUUAACCUCUU